CGUUGCAGUAAAACUAUACGAGAGAUCAUCAAAAUCCAACUAAACAGCUACAGAAAUCAAAUCCAUCAUGUCGAUUAUUGGCAUUCAAGGCCAAAUUCUUGAGGUCACUGUUGUUGGGUGCAACAAGCUCAAAGACACCGAAUGGAUUUCAAAGCAGUACCCGUAUGUGUGCCUCGAAUAUCCUAGUGCCAAGUAUCGCACUAAAACUUGUACUGAUGGUGGUAAGAAUCCGACAUUCAACCACAAAUUUAAGUUGGAGUUAAUUGAAGGUUAUGUAGAGAUAAAAAUCAUGGUUUGGAACGAGAAUAAAGUUACUUCACACAAAUUCAUCGGCAGUGGAAGAGUUCUAUUGCAAAAGGUUCUUUCUCAGGGAUUCGACGACGACACCUGGCCUCUGCAGACUACUUCUGGGAGGUAAAAACUGUCCCUUUUAAGUUCUUAAUCUGUUUUUAAAAUGGA